AUGGCCAUCAAUCGCGACACAUUACUGCUGUUCGUAUCGUUGCUUUGUCGGCUAGUCGCCGGAGAUGCAUUUCAUCCCGAAUAUUCGCUGCUGCGUUUACAGUCAAUAAUUGGGGACGCGGCUUCGCAGGAGGAUGUGCAAGCGCUAAAAAAGAUGGCCGACGACCUAUCGUAUUGUUCAAACAAGGAGCGAGCCGUCAAAAGAUGGGUCGACAACCAUUUACAGCUCACCGAGCAGUACACCCGCGAUUUCGCGACCGUCUACCAAAACGAUGCACUCUACGCAUUCUCCGCAUUCACCGUACAGUACAUGUACAUGCUUGACUACAGCGCGGCCCGGAUGCAGCUGAUGGUGGACGCGUUGGCGGGAAUCCGUCAGCUAUACGCGCCGGGCUCGACGCCGAAGCGGUGGCUGAUUUGUGCGUAUCGCACGCUAUAUUGGGAGCCGUUAUACCUAGACACACCCACAAUAUCGUAUACAGACUCUGAUGGACUCUCAAUUUUCAACGAAACCGUAGCCGAGGGGCGGCAGUUAUGGGAGCAAGAUGGGGCAUACUGUGAUUCGAUCAAGGCC